AUGGCAGCUUCCCCGCUAGAUAGCUCCAGCACCCCACACCCUGCUGCCGUAGCUGUUGAUCCUCCAGGCUCCCCGAAUGAUCCCAUGGAAGAUACAUAUACCCAAGCUACCCGGAAACGCCCUCGUCUUGACAGUGGGAAUCAUUCAAACGAAUCCAUGACCAUGUCGGUUCCCUCCCCAAGCUCUGACAGCGGUCAUUACGGCAACGAUCAGCUUCUUAGCGGUGGGAGCCUUGUCCCUCCUGCGGCUACGUCAGUUCCAGACCCGGAAACACCCAACCCACAACGUCCCUCCAGCAGAGUAACGAUCAAUAUGAAAUCUCCCACUCUCCAUGAUGACUCUGCCUCUCAUACCGUUGAAGAAACUCCAGCAGUGUCGGACCAGCUGCAAUCAGAGCAAUCGGAGCAGCAGGAGCAACAUGAACAACAUGAACAAUUCCAGAUGUCUCCAGAUCUGACAUCCCAUGCCCAAACUGCAAUAUCCAUCACUUCGUCCCCGUCGCGCAGUCCCGAAAUCGAGGUCGCUGAGGUGGAAGACAUGGAUCAAGAUCCCAGCACAUCCAACUGGAGAUCAUUAGAGGAUGCCCUCAGGGAAGAACCUGAUCUUGUGCACAUGCAUGACGAGGUUUCCCUGGCAGAAUCCUUCCCACGACUCAGGCAGGAUUGUGACGUACGGGAAGCCAUAGAAGAGAUAGCGAAUUAUUUCGAGAGAGGUCAUCCCCACGAUAUCACAUUCUUUAUAUCGGUUAAGAGCUGGCUUGAGCUCUGUGUGAAUAACCUAAAUAGCAUCUCCUAUGAUACCGUCGCUGAAGAUCGGGACGUGUGGGAGGAGGUUCCAAUGCUUAUGGAAAGUGUUCUACGGCGGCAUGUCGACUUUCAACCCGACGAGGGAGACGGUCCUUGGAAAUGCUUGGAAGAUUUCUCCGUGGCAUUUGGACGCCUCUCCAUCCAUAUGGUUCGCCUUGAUAUUCUAACACUAGAACAUUAUCCGAACGAUGCAGACUCUGCGCCAGAUCUACUAUCAAAAGUUUAUUUGCCGGCGUUGGGAUGGAUCCUGCAACUCCACACGAUUCCAUUUUACAAGCUGAUGGAACGAACCUAUGGCGCCGAGAUUAUUAACUUGGUGGCUCGUGUCAACGACCAACUUACUGCCGGUCCUGCCAAUCUCGUAAAACAUCUGUCAGAGUUUGCGCCUUUGCUUCUCAAGGCUCUUCAGCCGUGGCCACAGUUCUCAGGCGCUUUCGUAUCUCUCCUGACUAUCGCUCACAACGUUGUCGAAUCGGGAAUGGAACGGAAACGGUAUCAUGCAGCCGAUGAGUUAAUUGCAACAGCAGAACUUAUUGAUGCCGUGGAAUCUGUAUAUACGUGCCUUCGCUCCAUUGAUGCCGAGUAUCAAUCUUACAUUUCGAAGAAGUCUUCUUGGGUUACCAAUGAUAGCAGCGAGUCUGUUCUCCGUUACAUCGGCUACUCCUACCAUAACAUUGCUGUUUUGAAUAGUCAGCUGGCAGUGCAGAUGACGCGCGAUCUUGGCGUUGAUGUUCCGGAAAAUGCCAAACAGGAAGAAUAUCCUUCCAUCAUCCACCUAGGUUGGAAGUUCCAAGUCUUAAAGAGGCAUAUCACAGAGGGUCGAAUGGAGCUCCGCGUCUAUGGAAUGGAGACUAUGCAGGCUGAUCUUGUCAGUGUCUGGCGACAACAUAUACAAGGAAACCCUGCCGGCGUUAACUAUCCAAUUAUCCAGUAUCUUGUGAAAUUCCUGAGGGACAACAAGAUCGUGGAGUACAUUGUCGGUGUGGAUUCGCAUCCCCAGUUGAUUAGCCGAAGUGGAAACGUAGUUGGGUUCCUUGUUGUAACGUCCACAUACGCGGACAACGACACCGAUAUUAUUUGGAACACGGUGACUGAAAGCCAGGACCCGAGAACCGUGGCGGAGGUUUUGGGAAUGCUAACUCGGACAUUUAUAAUGCACCAAUCCGGGUCAAAUGCUUUGAUUUAUCUGUGCACAAAACUCAUCGAAUUGCCGUUAAACCGCUUCGAUGCACGGAUGCUCGAAUACAGCGACUGUCUAUUAAAUGCUGUGAGGGAUAAGCAUUCUGAGAGAAUGCGCUCGCAGCCUUAUGAUCAUCUGCAUGUAGAUGUGGUCCCCUGCCGUCUGUGUGUUCGCCUGAUUCGUGACGCCACAUCUAUCAGCGAGUUUUCCAUUGAGCAAAAAACAAACUUGCAAAAGUUUGCCAGCAAACAGCUUUCACAUCUACUGACUCUUGGCAUGGACGACAACGAUAAAAUGGAAAUGUACAAGAAGUGCAUCGACGAUAUAUCCGAAAUGAACGAGUUCGUGGUUGGUAGCAUUCAAGCCCUGAAUGCUCUUAUUCAUCCUUAUGAUAAUCUAGACAUUCGACGACUGGCGCUGGACUUUGAUUUCACUCGAUUGAUUAUCACAGAACUUGCACAUACUUUCGACACUGUCUCAACCGACUUCUCUGACCCUAUGGCGAGAAAUUCCCUUCGACCGCGAAUUCAGAUGCUGCUUCGAAUUAUCGAAAAAGUGCCGGAAACUAUUACUCCAGAACUCAGCGAAAUUCUCUGGAGCCGCGUAUUUAUGUCCAAAAAAAUUGGUGAAUGUGGCCGAAGCUUGGCUUGGGAAAUACUCCCCAAAGCGACAUCUCGAGCUCUAAAGCGAAACCCAUUCCUCGAAUGCUACCUCAACGUAUAUCUUCCUCGAAUCUCUCCUGAAGACUAUACCCUGGAUAUUUUAGCAUUUGCGGAGCAGGCAGUGAGUUACGAAAUCCGUUUUGAUCUUCCACCAGACGUGAAUGAAAAUGAAAUUAUUACUAUCCCUGGCAUGGAUCGAUUAUGGCAUUUUAUUCUCACAGCACCCCCUGGAACAAUCGAAAUGAAAGCCACCAACUUCGCGAUAGACGUUUACCUUGAUCAUGAAUUGAUUCGCACAGCCCCACGCUCCGCAGCAGAGGCUACGCAUGUCGCAUUGGUUGAUCGCUGCGUUAGUCAACUCACAGCGGCGGCCUCAAAGUGCAAAGCGUUCACUGACGGUUCCACGAGCGGCGAGGAUGAACCUAUGGUCAUCGUCCCGUCUGACGGGGAGGUACGAGCUGAAGAACUACGAUUCACUCGUUCGCUUCUGUUCCUACGCCAACUACUUCAGGGACUGCGAAUGCGGCCACAAUACACUCCGCUCCAAGUUAGCCCCCCGGAGUCUAUUCUCAGAGAAGAUGAGAUAAUUGGUGAACCCAUCGAACUCUCGUACCAAGCCUUCAGUGGAAAUUCUCAAACCAAGAUCCGCACUCUCAAGAUCGGAGAUCUUUCCACUGCAUCCGAGCUGGCUGAGAAACUAACCAGACUCACCGGUUUUACGAGUUUCUCUAGUUUUAGUUGUGGACAGCGACUAGAUCUUACUGCCCAUGCUUUUCAGACUUUGCGAGACAUGAAGCUCGCGGGUUCAGGACUACUUAUGAUUCGAAAAAAUCCAGACGCUUUCGAGGCGUCAGUGGGCGGACGACGUCAGUCGUUGACUUUGGUUGACUCGGAGGUUUUGAAGCAUUUCGAUGAUUUGUAUGAUUUGUUGAGUCUAGAAGAGAAGUUAUCGAAAGAGAUAUUUGACUUUUUAGUUGUCUUCCCGCCCCAACAGCGCGUUCGAGAUUUUGUCAAAUCCAAAGAAAUUUCGGAACCGGAGAUGUUCCCUUUGGAGAAGCCAUACAAGCUUCUAUACUCAAUAAAAGCUCUCAUUACAUGUAUAAGCGAAGAAAUUUUAGAAAUGGGUGAUGGUUUAGAAGACAGCCCGCUGAAAUUACUUUUUGCACGAAAUUUCGUGGAAUGUCUUUUGUUUGCUUUGACGGCCAAAUCGAUGCCAGAAGACUCCGAACAGUAUUUCUCCAAUCCGUUGGACCUAGCCACUCGACUUUUGUCUUUUAUUUCCCUCUGCCGAAAUCUUACUUCCAAACACCUCUCAGAAAUCUCUAUACAGAAACUAAUAUCCAAUUCCUUCGCUGUCAUAAUCGAAGCCUCCAUGCAUGAUAGUCGCGUUUGGGAUGCGGUCGAACAAAGUACUCAAAUCAAGGAUCUAAUCUUCACGCUGCUUCUCAGUGAAUCGAGGCAAGGUAUUCGCAAAAGUGUUGCGGAAAUUAUAUUCGCCACCUGUGGUACUACCCCAUCUCAGAAACGGGCUUGGAAGGCCAGCAGCCAGGUGAAGGGAGGGGCGGUUGCAGUUGUAGGAAGACUCCCUUCCGCUACGACGAUCCAUAUUGUUGCAACGUUAUGGAAACAUAUUUCUGCACUUUUCCCGGAUACUCUUGAAUAUGCGCAGUCCUCUCAGGAGUUUUUCGAGGUUGCACUUACUGUUUUUCAGACUGUUGCCAACUUAUCUCCUGAAGACUUGAUCUACGGGGAGUAUCUUAGGAAAUGGGGAGAUAUACUUCUUAGCCAUCGCACGAAUGAGUUCGUUGGUCGAGAGCCUGUCGAUUACAUCGUUCUGGGAUUCACACACCUCUUGAAAAUGUGCCUAGAGCUUUCCCACGCCACACCUGGCACCAUGGACACAAGGAUCUGCCAGAUUCUAACUGAGAGUAGUAACCUCAUGGAGAAGCUCUUCACCACCUACCUAUUUCCCGAGCUCUCCGAGCCCACUGAGACUAAGGUUAUCCAGUCUAGUAUUCCUGUCAUGCACAAUACCACGAGACAAGAGAUUUAUAAUAUCCUCUUGCUCCUGUGCGAGGACCAAGCAAACUGUGAGAGAAUGCUAACUUUACUUGAUGAUGUCAUCCCAUACGAUUAUACCCACGAACCAAAUUGGAUUUUCGACCGAUAUAAAACUAUCCGUUCUCCGGAAGGCUAUGCUGGUUUGAAAAAUCUGUCGAAUACCUGCUACCUGAAUUCUCUCUUUACGCAGUUAUUCAUGAACAUUGACUUCCGAAAAUUUAUGAUUGAAGUCCAUGUUUCCGACGUAGAUUCAACUCAAAAACUGCUUGCAGAGACAAAGAAGGUCUUCGCUUACAUGCAAAAUACAUGGCAGAAAAGCGUUGACACUCAGGAAGCCGUGGAUACGAUCCGAACAUAUGAUAAUGAGCCUAUCGAUAUCAAUGUCCAGAUGGAUGUAGAUGAGUUCUACAAUCUAUUAUUCGAUCGGUGGGAGGGUCAGAUCCUGUCAACGGAGGAUAAGAAGCUUUUCAGAUCUUUCUAUGGCGGUCAGCUUGUGCAGCAGAUUAAGUCAAAGGAGUGCCCUCACAUCUCGGAGCGCCUUGAGCCUUUCUCUGCGAUACAAUGCGAUAUUAAAGGGAAAGCUGGACUUGAGGAUAGUUUGCGCGCGUAUGUGGAAGGGGAGGUAAUGCAAGGAGAUAAUAAAUACUCGUGCACUUCGUGUGGACGCCAUGUUGAUGCAGUCAAGAGGGCUUGCUUGAAGGAUCUCCCGGAUAACUUAAUAUUCCAUCUCAAGCGCUUCGAUUUCGAUGUCAUCUCGAUGAUACGCAGUAAAAUUAACGAUGAAUUCCAGUUCCCGGAACGUCUUGAUAUGACCCCUUACACGGUUGAGUAUCUAAGCAACCCCGGAACCCCAAUCGUCCCCGACAUCUUUGAGCUGGUUGGCGUUCUUGUGCAUAGCGGCACUGCCGAAUCUGGCCACUAUUAUUCGUACAUCAGAGAGCGCCCCACAGCAGCAGACCCCAGUGCAUGGGUGGAAUUCAACGACUCCGACGUUAGCAGAUUUGAUCCUUCCAAGAUCCCUGAUCAAUGUUUCGGAGGCAUGAAUGACCCAAUUCACAGCGCAAACAUUGGCCCAGUUAGGUUUAACAAAGUCUGGAAUGCUUACAUGCUAUUUUACCAACGGGUGAGUAGUAUGGAGAGGGCCAAAUCUGUUUACGAGGCAUCGCUCGGCGAUGCACCAGUCAGUGUCCCACUUCCCAUGCAGCUUGGAAACCACAUCGCCUUAGAGAACGAAAUUUUCAUCCGGACCUACUGCCUGUUAGACCCAUACCAUGCGUACUUCAUCCGUGCACUACUAGAACAAUCAAGAAAAUUUUCCACCACGGAAGAAUCUGGGUUCAGUAAAAUCCAAAAACCGGCCAUAUGCCUCGCCCUCGACAAUUUGGAUCAGAUCAUCUCGAGGUCUAAAGAAUUGCCCGAAUUUGAAAAUAUCAUCAUCGAGUUGGGGAGAAGUGUCAAUGAAAGUAAUGAGGGCGCCAUGGCAGUGCUCGGUUGGACUGUAGUUCGACCGUUAGGUAUUCGAGACCUCCUUUUGAAGAGUCCCAAUAACGUUGUCCGUGACGGAUUCUGUCGACUUUUGAUCGCUGCCAUCGCACGGUUACAGUCGUCUCUAGAGGAUGAAUCUCUGGACCAUGACGAACUAGCUCGCUGCAGAAACGACUAUGAGAUGAUGGUUGAGAAUAUUGUUACGUCGCUUGAUGAGCUGUGGGGUUGCCUACACGUAUAUUCGCGGGCCUGGGACGAUUAUUUCGGGCUGCUCCUCGGACUUGCUAAUUUUGGCGCGUUCCCUGUUCAGGUCAUGCUUGAACAUGGCUUUUUGUUGAAAUGCCUGGAAAUGGUUUGGCUUGAUAGGGAGGAUAGCAAACGGCUGAAACGGCAAUAUGGAAACUAUUUCCGGCUUGUUGAAAAAGGCCGCAAAUAUUCACACUCCAAGCUUGUGGAGGUCCUCUAUAUUUUGAUGACGCACAUCGACUUCACAUUAACACCGUCAGUCGACAAUAGCUGCCGGGACUGCAAUAUGGGCAAAUAUUCUCUUACCAGGGCGGAAGCGGAGCUGGUCCGACCCGUUGGAAGGAACAAGGAUCUGAUUUUCUUGAGGAAAAUCCUAGAGCAACAAGCUAAUCCACCAGUUUCACGGAAGAUAGUGAGCGUUUUUCUAGCCGCUGAUCCUGAAUAUGGUCUAACGGACAGUAUCUGCAAAGUUCUAGAGGAAGGGUUACGGGCUUCCCCAGCCUACCUCUGUGUCCCUUUCCUCGACGCUACAUUAGUUUUCUGCCAGAUGUCAUCAGAUGGGGACCGGAUCACCAACCUCAUCGACUACGUGUCCAAAGGCAUAGACUCCAUCAAUGACAGUGGGGGUUGCGAGCAUCUAGCCUUUUUCCAGUCGCUGGUAAAAGUCAAAAACGAAAAAGCCAAAAAGGAUGAGUACUGGUUCUGGAGCUCAGUGGUCGACCGGAUACCUGACUGGGCGCCGACACUUCUUCAUUACCCAGAGAGGGCAGUCAGAAACGGCGUGUUGGAUUUCCUGCGGCAACUUCUCUUCUCGAAGGAAUAUGAGGAUAUCAGUGAUGAUUUUCGCCAAUUUUACAGGAAAAUCGGCAGGGAUUUGGCGCAGGCAUCUGUGGAUAAGUUGCGAAGGACGUACCUUUCAACUGCAGACGCGCAGCCUCCUGAAGUCAAGUCGAUGGAGACGAUUUCGCUCGUGAUCAUGCAUUGCACAGAGGUCUAUUUUGAUGAGCGUGACAGCGACGACGCGGAUUUCAUCCAACAGGCUACAAGUUCUGACUUCCCUUCAGAUGGUUGGGAUGAUAAUUCAAUGAUGGGAAGCGAUUCUGAUGUUGGUCUGACCGGGUCGCCGUGA